GUUAUCAACCAAUGAUAUGUUUCAAUUACAGCUGUCGUCAUAACCAGAAUAUUCCUUAAGAUUUGGGAUAGAGAGAAAAAGCGGCUACAUAAAAAGUUAGAGAGAGAGAGUUGAAGACGGUGUCAGGCAGAGAGAGAGAGAGUCUCGCAGUUGAAGUCAAAAUCAUCAAACACAAACGAAAGCGGUUUAACCGUUUCUUCUUCCUCCGAUCUGCACGAUGCCUUCCCGUCGAAGAACUCUGUUGAAGGUCAUCAUUCUCGGUGACAGCGGUGUGGGAAAGACGUCAUUGAUGAACCAGUAUGUGAAUAAGAAGUUUAGCAAUCAGUACAAGGCAACCAUUGGAGCGGACUUCUUAACCAAAGAAGUGCAAUUUGAAGAUAGGCUUUUCACUUUACAGAUUUGGGAUACAGCUGGCCAGGAAAGAUUCCAAAGCCUAGGAGUUGCUUUCUAUCGUGGUGCUGAUUGUUGUGUUCUUGUAUAUGAUGUUAAUUCAAUGAAAUCAUUUGACAACCUUAACAACUGGAGGGAGGAAUUUCUGAUUCAAGCAAAUCCUUCCGAUCCAGAGAAUUUUCCUUUUGUUGUUAUAGGAAACAAGAUAGAUAUUGAUGGUGGAAACAGUAGGGUGGUUUCAGAAAAGAAGGCUCGUGCGUGGUGUGCAUCAAAAGGAAAUAUCCCAUAUUUUGAGACAUCUGCCAAAGAAGGCAUUAAUGUUGAAGAAGCAUUCCAAACCAUAGCAAAGGAUGCUCUGAAAAGUGGAGAAGAGGAAGAAUUAUACCUGCCAGACACAAUUGAUGUUGGAAACAGCAAUCAACCGCGGUCAACAGGAUGUGAGUGCUGAACAUAUAGAUUUUCUUCUCAAUACAAAUAAAGCAUAUUAUUUUAAAAUCAUUUUGGCAUGUCUAGACAUUGCUGUCUAUGAGAUUUCAUUGUACAUUUGUGUUUGAUCAAGAAACAAUUUGUUCCAUUGCGAUAUGUUGGGUGCUCGUUUGGUUUGUGUUAAUCUAUCAUGUUAGUUGUUCUCCUUGUAUGCUGUUACAACAUUGUGGAAAAAAAACAGAAAGCAUCAUUCUCAAGUUAUUGCUUA